CCUUAAAAGGAGGGAUCCUACUCCCAUUCUCCCCAAGACAAAUCAACUUUCUUUAUCUUCGUCUUAUUUGUCUUGUUUAGUUCGGUUGGUUCAGUUUCAUGGCAAUGAAGUAUAGGUGCACUCUUGUAGUCCUGAAGUCGUCGAUGGCCAUGCUACUUGCAGCAUUGGCAUGCAUCUGGACAGUGAGGCUCACGCGGUCAUGGAAGCGAUCUUGGCAUGAGGCCGAAGACAGGGCUAGCACCACCGUGUUCAGCGAUUCCGGUCUUACUGUGGUGGUGUAUUGUUUCCCAGUUCUAGCAGUGGCCAGUUUGGCCUAUGUCUACUUGCACCUCACUUCGAAAACUGAUCAGGAAAGUAGGAAGAGACGGUCGGUACUGAUGGCCAAUUUGACAAACCCAAUCACGGUGAUGAAAUGUUCGAUCGGGAUAGUUUCGACUGCAGAACUCCUGAUUGCAACCCUGUUCAUCAUAUUUCUGGCAUGGACGUACUACUCCAAUGUUUCCAGUUCUUUUAAGAUGAUGACACCCUACAAGUCCCUCAAACUCAAUAAAUGGCAGCUAAAGAUGAUGUAUGUGGGUGUUCGAAUCGGUUCGUUGAGCGAAGCAUGUUUGGUGCUCUUGUUCUUGCCAAUUCUGAGAGGGAUGGCAGUGUUCAGGGUGUUUGGAGUUCAGUUUGAAGCUUCAGUGAGGUAUCAUGUUUGGAUAGGCAAUUUGAUAAUACUCUUGUCACUUCUACAUGGCAUCAUUGUGAUGUUCAUUUGGGGUGUUAAGAAAAGCUUGUUAAAGGAGAUCGUAAAAUGGCAAUCGGUAGGGCGUGUUAAUAUCGCGGGUGCGAUGGCCUUGACCACUGGCCUAAUCAUCUGGAUAACAUCACUUCCACAGAUAAGAAGGAAGCAGUUCCAACUAUUUUACUUGACUCACCAUCUCUACAUAGUCUUCAUCCUCUUUUUCUUGAUUCACGCCGGAGAUAAGCAUUUCUAUUUGGUGUUCGCCGGCGUUCUUCUCUUCGCGGUAGAUAAACUGCUGCGAAUAGUACAGUCAAGAGGAACAACAUCACCAAUUUCUGCGAGCAUUUUGCCCAACAGAGCACUGAAACUCACUCUCCUGAAACAUCCUUGCAUGGGCUACACUCCGACGAGCAUCAUCUUUGUUAAAGUUCCGAUCGUAUCGAGGUUUCAGUGGCACCCUUUUAGCAUAACUUCAAGCUCCAACAUGGACAAUUCUGAGCUUUCAAUCUUGAUCAAGAGCCAUGGUCAGUGGACUACUGGCCUCUUCAACUUACUGAAUUCAGUGAUCGAUACAGGCUCCAGCGACCAUCUUAAGGACAUUCAGAUAGCAGUCGAAGGUCCUUACGGUCCUGCGACCUUCGAAUACCGAAGGUACAAGAGCUUGGUGUUAAUCGCAGGAGGUUCGGGGAUAUCUCCUUUUCUGAGCAUUCUACAAGAUAUUGCUUCGAGAAAUGGCGACAUGAACAAGAAUCCGAUCAAGGUGCAAUUGAUAUAUGUCGUGAAGAAGGUCGAAGACCUCAGCAUGCUCGCUGUGAUCUCCCCCUUGUUGCUCGAAAACCUGAAGAUGAAACUGUUUGUGACCCAAGAAAACAGUCCACCAGUCACGGCAGAAAAGAUUCUACAAGACUUGUCUCUUCAGAUCAAGACAAUUGCAUCCAACAAAGCUUCCUCUAAAGGUGCUCUCUCAAUGCCUGAAGGAUUGCUGUGGAAGGCAUUGAUCACAGCGGUCUCUUUCGCAGUGUUCCUCGCUUCUCUUAUCAUCUUGAGCUAUGUUUUCCUACACCAAGAAAGCAAAUCCUCGUCUAAGAAGAAGAAGGAUCCGUCGUGGAUCGGGGAUCUAUUCGCUCUCUGUUCUCUUACUAUUGCCGCGAGCUGCUGCGCAAUGGCUACAAUGAUCUCAAGAUGGAAGAGGACAGUGAGUGAAGGUCAACAGGUACCUCACAGGCAAAGUGUGUGCCAUGAAAAUACAUCUGCCAAAGUGCAAGGCACAGAGAGGCAUGAAAUAGAGUUUGGCAUUAGGCCAAAUUUAGUAGAGAUGCUUGAUGAGAUUGAAUUUGGCACAGAAGAGGAAGAAGUAGGCAUCUUUGUGUGUGGCCCUGCUUCCAUGAAUGAGUCGGUGGCUUCAUUUUGUAUAGCAAACAGACAGUGCAGGAAGAAGGAUCAGAGAAAACAAAAAUGUAACUUCAAUGUUCACUUCAUCAACUUUUCGCUGUGAAGCUUUAGUAGAAGAUGAAAACGAUCGUCAGGGUCGAGAAAUAAGGCCUUUAAAUCUCAAUUGUCGAUAUAGUUAAUAGGUAGUUUAUGGCUACCAAACUGAUUUCCUCAACUAAGGAAGCAUCUUGUGAGUUGCUUGUAAGAAACCAAUAAAUAAGAAUUGUGGUUAUAAAGUUUUAGAAUGAAA